UGGUGUGCCGGGAAACGAACCCAGCAGGGGGAGACCUUUUCGCGGCUUCUGCACAAUCCGGCCUUGCAAGCACGAGGCACUCCCUGGAGCUUAGCCGCAACCCCGCAGGUGGGCAACUUCCUAUCAAAACAGUGGACUCCACGCCUCCUCCUGACCAUCAUGCGAAUCUUAGGAAGUGGAAAGCGAAACCUUCUCUGCACCGGAGAAGCGGAGAGACCAUAGAUAAGACGUGUUCCUAGACUUUCUCUUUCCCCUAACAUAUCGGAAAUAGUAAAGCAUGCCGUCUGGGAUUGAGCGAGCCAAAAGAGGCCGCUGUCAUACGUAGAAGGCUGGAGCAGAGACUCAAAGAUGGCGGCGUUGUUGUGCCGGGCUGCGUGGGGAACUCCUUCGGGGGUUUGGCAGAGUUUGGCAAAAAAUACGGUACAGUCAGUCAGUUGGAUUCGGCAGAAAUUUACAAGAUCACGUAUUCCUGAAUCGGUAUUUCAGCCACAACCUGGUGAUCAUGAAAAAUAUGGUGGUGAUCCAGAGCAACCUCACAAGCUGCACCUUAUCACUAGGAUCAAAAGUGGAAGAAGGCGUCCUUAUUGGGAAAAGGAUACAAUACACUGUCUUGGAUUGGGAAAGCGGUUUGAGCCUGUAGUACACAAAAACAUUCCUACUGUGAAUGCAAAACUGAAAGUCAUCAAACACCUAGUAAGAAUACAGCCAUUAAAGUUACCCCAUGGAAUUCCAACUGAAGAGGAGAUGUCUGAUUGCUAUAUUAACAGCAAAGGAGAACUAGUAAUUCGCCGUCGUCUACAACCAGUGGAACAGAAAACCAUAGACUCAUCGUAAAAUGCAGUAAAUUUGUAUAAUAAAUAUAGCUAUAUUAACAUUCA